AAGCAGCUGAUGCGGCGAUGCAGCUUGUGGGCUCGAACCCUAAUCAGCUCACGCUGUUGUUUCAGGGGGAGGUCUAUGUUUUUGACUCGGUGACGCCGGAAAAGGUGCAAGCUGUAUUGUUACUAUUGGGAGGGUGUGAAGUGCCUACUAGCAUAUCUAGUUCAGCAUUUGCCUGCAACCAGGAUGAUAGGGGAAUGGAUGAUAUAUUAAGGAGAACUAAUAUACCAGCAAAACGGUUAGCUUCUCUUAUUAGGUUCCGUGAAAAGCGUAAGGAACGAUGUUUUGACAAGAAAAUUCGAUAUGAUGUUAGAAAAGAGGUUGCUCUCAGGAUGAAACGGCGAAAAGGUCAAUUUGCGGGGAAGGCCAAUCCCGAGGAUGAGUCAUCACCGUCUUUAAGCUGUGAUCCUCCUUCAAGCCAAGAUGAUACUCCUCGUGAAACAAACUGUCAGAAUUGUGGCAUUAGUGCAAAGUUAACACCGGCAAUGCGUCGAGGUCCGGGCGGUCCAAGGUCGCUUUGCAACGCAUGCGGGCUGAUGUGGGCAAACAAGGGAACUCUGAGAAGUGUCUCCCGGCUGCCCAAAAUGUCCACCUUAUCUCUCCCCGGUUCGAAUGGAAUGGUUCCAACAAGUUUAGAAGUUCGGACCGACAUCAAGCCGCCUAUUGAUUCAAACAACCAUGGCUCCACCGCCGUCCCGUCCGAAAUAUUGGCGCAAGAAGCUCAAGUGGAGGUGCAGACUGGAGAGCAAUGAGACUACUGUGAAGAACCUGCAGCCAUGCAUUAUGCGAGCUUAAUUAUGCGGUUUUUUAUUUUAAUUUUUUUACAGUAAGAUGACACGUGUUCGCGUUACUGGCGCUUAAUGUCAAAAUUACUUUUAUUUAUGUAGGUUUUAUGUUUGGAGCAAUUACAUAAAUACCAUCCGAAACUUACUAUUUACGAAUCAACCGCUCUCUUUCAUCUAUUUUUCAAAUUCUUACUAGAAUAUGUCAAAAUUUAUGGUAAAAUUCUAACCCAUAUAUUUUAUUUUAUUUUAUUUUUGUCAAAUUCGCAGUAGCGACCGCGUCAUGUGUAAAUAAAAUACAUCGCUUCGUCAAAAAAAAAUCAAUGAGUGGUUACGUCGUAAAUAUUAAUGUUUCGGGUGGUCAGUAUGUAAU